UGUGUGUUGAAGGACGAAAGACACACCAAAACUGCCAAACCAACAUUUUUCCCUCCCAUACUCAGUACGACUUGAUUUCUUCAAUCUUUGAAUAGAAGAAGAAGUCUCUCUUUAUCAGUUUUCACUCUACUGCAAAUACCGUAUCCGACGAGUAGUGACCCCUCAUUCAGUCAGCUCGUCACCUUUGUCCAUCGACACCCCACUUCCAUCCCGCAUCUUGCUCAACCUUCCUUUGCAACCUUCACCAUUCCCUCCACAACAGUAGCCCCCGAGCCCCUCCAGCUGGGAAAGAGGAAAGCUUCCAGCGAGGAUCUCACCCGCCCAUCGAAGAAAAAUAUGACAGACCAAAAAAUGCAGGUUGACAGCCCUGCGGAGGCUAUUGAACAGCUCAAGCAGGGCGAUAUUGAUGAAUCGCUCUACAGUCGACAACUAUAUGUGCUUGGUCAUGAGGCGAUGAAGCGUAUGGGCGCUUCCAACGUCCUUAUUGUCGGAUUGAAGGGCCUUGGUGUUGAGAUUGCCAAGAAUAUUGCUCUUGCUGGCGUUAAAUCCUUGACGCUCUACGACCCUGUUCCUACCUCCAUUGCCGACCUCUCUUCACAAUUCUUCCUGCAUCCCGCAGAUGUAGGGCAACCUAGAGCGUCAGCUACCGCCCCUCGAAUUUCGGAGCUUAAUCCCUAUACUCCCAUCGGAGUUCACCCUUCAAACGAUCUGACCUCGGAUCUCACCCAACUGAGCCGUUACCAGGUUGUGGUUCUCACGCAGACAUCCCUCAAAGAUCAACUCGCUAUUUCAGAGUAUUGCCACCAGCAUGGCAUCUACUUGGUCGUCGUUGACACUUUUGGUCUGUUCGGUUAUGUAUUCACCGAUUUUGGAAAGAAUUUCACUGUCGGUGACACCACCGGAGAGGAACUUGCCAGUGGUAUUGUGGCUGAUAUUGACUCUGACGGUAUCGUGUCAGCUUUGGAUGAGUCGAGACACGGGCUGGAAGAUGGCGACUACGUUACUUUCACCGAGAUAGAAGGAAUGGGCGGACUCAACGAUGCGGCGCCGCGGAAGGUGACCGUCAAGGGUCCUUACACUUUCUCUAUCGGAGACGUCUCUGGUCUCGGUCAAUAUAAACGUGGUGGCCUGUUCACUCAGGUCAGGAUGCCCAAAUUCCUUGACUUUGAACCCCUUUCGAAGCAAAUCAAGAAACCCGAGCUUUUGAUCUCGGAUUUUGCCAAGUUCGAUCGCCCCCUCCAAUUACACGUCGGAGUGCAGGCACUGCACGCUUUCGCCGAGCAGCACGGUGGCAUCUUUCCCAGACCGCACCAUGAGGCCGAUGCUACAGAGGUCAUCAAGCUAUCCCAGAAGAUUGCGGGCGAGGGAGAGGAAAAGGUUGAACUUGAUGAGAAACUCAUCCGAGAGCUCAGCUACCAGGCCCAAGGUGACUUGAGCCCUGUGAACGCGUUUUUCGGUGGUCUCGCUGCCCAGGAAGUCCUCAAGUCUGUAUCCGGCAAAUUCCACCCAAUUGUUCAGUGGCUGUAUUUUGAUUCCUUGGAGUCUCUGCCUUCGUCUACCAAGCGUUCCGAAGAGCUGUGUAGACCUCUUGGCACCCGUUAUGACGGCCAAAUUGCCGUGUUCGGCCGAGAGUUCCAAGAGAAGAUUUCAAAUGUGAAGCAGUUUUUGGUUGGCGCGGGCGCCAUCGGAUGUGAGAUGCUUAAGAAUUGGGCCAUGAUUGGACUCGGCACUGGCCCUAACGGCAAAAUCAGCGUUACGGACAUGGAUCAGAUUGAGAAGAGCAAUCUCAACCGGCAAUUCCUUUUCCGAGCCAAGGACGUUGGCAAGCUCAAGAGCGAAUGUGCGGCACAAGCUGUUCAGGCCAUGAAUCCCGACCUCAAGGGUCAGAUUGUGACCCUGAAAGACAGAGUUGGUCAGGAUACCGAGGACAUUUUUAAUGAGGAUUUCUGGAAUGACCUAGACGGUGUCACCAAUGCUCUGGACAAUGUUGACGCACGUACCUAUGUCGACCGACGUUGUGUGUUCUUCCGGAAGCCUCUUCUGGAGAGUGGCACCCUUGGCACAAAGGGUAAUACGCAGGUUAUUCUUCCCGGAAUCACCGAGUCGUACUCAAGCUCGCGCGAUCCUCCUGAGCAGUCCUUCCCUAUGUGCACUCUUCGGAGUUUCCCGAACAAGAUUGAACACACUAUCGCCUGGGCCAAGGAGCUGUUCCAGUCACUUUUUGUUGGCCCACCUGAGGUAGUCAACCUCUAUCUGACCCAGCCCAACUACCUCGAGAGCUCUCUUAAGCAGUCCGGAAACGAAAAGCAAACCCUCACGAAUAUUCGGGAUUAUCUUGUGACAGAGAAGCCCCUCAGCUUCGACGACUGCAUCGUUUGGGCUCGGUUACAGUUCGAGAAGCAGUACAACAACUCUAUCGCGCAGCUGUUGUAUAACUUCCCGAAGGACUCUACCACAUCAUCCGGUGCGCCAUUCUGGUCUGGACCCAAGCGUGCGCCGACCCCGCUCAAGUUUGACCCUACCAACCCAACGCACUUUGGAUUUGUUGUCGCUGGUGCCCACCUUCAUGCAUUUAAUUACGGCAUCAACAGCAAGGGCGUGACUCAUGAGCAGUAUCUCAAGGUUCUUGACAGCAUGAUUGUCUCCGAAUUCUCCCCAAGUGCCGGUGUCAAGAUCCAGGCCGAUGAGAACGAACCUGAUCCUAAUGCUCAGUCUGGUUCCGCAUUCGACGACACUGAGGAGUUGAACAAGAUUGUUGCAUCAUUGCCUUCACCGCAGGCACUGGCUGGCUAUCGUCUUGUGCCCGUCGAGUUUGAGAAGGACGACGAUACCAACUAUCACAUUGACUUUAUCACAGCGGCAAGCAACCUACGAGCCGAGAACUAUGCCAUCGCUCAGGCCGACCGUCACAAGAUCAAGUUUAUCGCCGGAAAGAUUAUCCCUGCUAUUGCCACAACCACUGCGCUUGUGACAGGCCUGGUUGUUCUGGAACUAUUCAAGUUGAUUGACGGCAAAGAUGACAUUGAGCAGUACAAGAACGGCUUCGUGAACCUUGCGCUGCCCUUCUUUGGUUUCAGUGAACCCAUUGCUAGCCCCAAGGGUACAUACAAGGGCAAGGACGGCGAUGUGACCAUUGACAAGCUUUGGGACCGCUUUGAAGUCCCUGAUAUGACUUUGCAGGACUUCCUGAAACAUUUCUCGGACAAGGGUCUCGAAGUCACCAUGAUCAGCUCUGGUGUGAGCUUACUCUACGCCAGCUUCUACCCGCCGAGUAAGCUGAAGGACCGGCUACCGAUGAAGUUGAGUGAUGUCAUCCAGACGAUCAGCAAGAAGCCGAUUCCUGCGCACCAGAAGAAUGCAAUUUUGGAGAUUACAGCAGAAGAUCAGACCGAGGAGGACGUUGAAAUUCCCUAUGUUAUGCUCAAGUUGCACUAAAUGCAGAUGGGUUUCUAUCGGGCGCUUGGUAAUUGAAUAGAUUUAUAUUGUUGCAGCAAGGCUUUAGCCUUGAUUCAUGUGAAUAGAAUGGUAUGAGUAAACGCAUGAUCAAUCGGACAGGAUUUCUGUACCAAAUCCAUGCAGGAGGUUUCAAUAAAUGUAAAUUGUACACGAAUUUAUCAUGCGUGUUAAGCCUUGGCUCAAAAUGCGCAG